UUUGCAUUGCUUUUUUUUGCCGUCGAGGUUACUAUAGCAACGACCCAAACAGAAAACGUUUAAGAUCGCGUGUGACUCUCUACACCCUUAAACACGUUGCAAGACGCAUUUACACCACGUUUAUUUCUACCGCUGCAGAAGUAAUUGAUGUGUAUUUACUCUCCUGAUCUCUCAAACAGAUCAUAAUUACUCACCUGGAUACAGUAUUUCAGGUAAACUACUAAUGUUCUGACUAAAAUGUCUGAUUUCAGUAUAUAAAUACAAACACAUUUAAUUAAUAGUGUUUAAUUUAGAGCGUCGGUGCUCGUUCGGCGCUCGUGUUUUUCCGGCGCACCUUCGUUCGGCGCUCGUGUUUUUCCGGCGCACCUUCGUUCGGCGCUCGUGUUUUUCCGGCGCACCUUCGUUCGGCGCUCGUGUUUUUCCGGCGCACCUUCGUUCGGCGCUCGUGUUUUUCCGGAGCUGGACAGCAGUAAUAAACAACCCAGUAACACUAACAGCCAAAAGUUUGUGGACACCCAAGUGGUGAGUUAAUCGCUGCCAUGCCCUGGGACUGGAGUCUGGGUCUGGCGUUUCCCGUCAUUCCGCGGAAUCCUAUACUUGAUGCAGCUGUGAUGGGAGUUUCCACCGUGCUGGUGUUCCUUGCUGUCAAGAGAAGGCAGUCUCUCUUGACAGAGAAACAGCUUCGCGAGAAGAUCCAGCAGCUCAUCAUUGAGGAAUUGGAAGUGCUUCAAAAAGGCAAUGAACUCAACAACACGAUCGAGGAAAAUCUUUCGGUGAUCGAGGACGAGCAGAAUCACUGUGUUAAAAACUUAAUGGCUGAACAGAAAGUGAGACGAGAACUUGAAGAGAAAUAUCAGAAGGUCAUGCAGGACCAAACAAACAUGAAAAACGAGAAGACCCACCUGGAGAACUGGUACAAGGACCUCCAACAGACGCUGGAAAUCACAACCGAGUUGUACCACCAGAAAGAAAACAUCUUACACCAGAAGCUGACUCAGGAGGAGCUGAAGCGCCGCGAAAAGGAGAGCAAGCUGUCCGAGGUGGAAGGCCGAGCCUUGCAAGCCGAAGAGAAGCUGAACCUCCUGAGGCAGAAGAUUGCUGUGCAGGAAAAGAAAGCCCACGAGAACUGGUUAAAAGCCCGGAUUUCAGAACGAAGUUUGAUGGAGGAGAAGAGGGAAUGUGCGAACCUUCGUCAGAAGAUUGUGAAGUUGAGCGACAAAAUGUCCGAUCUGGAGCGCUUGCUGCACAGGUCUGUUCCUCCAGAGUGCCACAUGCCUCCUUUACAGAGAGAUCCACAGGACUCUUCGAAGACGUCCGAUUUCACCGGCAACAACGAGCAAGCGAGAGUCUCGGAUCAAGUUCGAGACUCCCAUCUUCUCGCUUCAGACGUUUUUUGGUGUCUAAUCGCUGACAUGCCCAAAGACUUGCGUCUGGGUCUGACGUUUCACGUCCUUCCCUGGAAUCCUAUAGUUGUUGCAGCUGUGGUGGGAGUUCUCAACGUGCUGGUGUUCCUGUGGAGGACUGUUCUUGCUAUCAAACAACACGAGGAAAAGCUGAGCAAUUCUGAAGAAUCCCGAAGUUCUCAGCAGGAGGAGUUUCUCAAACUCAUGAACAAUUAGCAAGAUCUGAACGAG